GAGCUAAAGCGUGUGCGGUCCACAAUGUUACUGGUUCCAGUGUUUGAGCUAGUUUUGUUGGUGUGCACGGCUGCGCUCCGGGUACGCGGGGGGAACGUGGUCAGGCAGCCGCGGUCUGUGCUGGAUAACUCCACCAUCCUGAACCACUUACCUGAGGAGAAACUGGCUCGGUUCACCCCUGCGCCAUUCCCCACACCAACAACCGGCAAUACCAGGACUACCAGUCAAACCAACGUACUUCAGACCAGUCUGGUACCGAGCACAGGGGCUCGUUUACACAAAACAACCGUCCAAACGGCUACAACUCUUUCUACCAGAGGAAACAUCUCAGCAGCACCUGAAGUUACUUUUACUGCUACUGGUGUACCGAGCAAAUUCAAUACAACCGUUACAGUGGAGUCUACCAACACAACUACCACCACUAUAACCAACACACCUACCACCAAUACAACCAACACCACCACAACCAACACCACCACCACAACUACCACCAAUACAACCAACACCAAUACAACCACAACCAACACCAACACAACAACCACCACCAACACAACCACCACAACUACCACCACCAAUACAACCACCACCACCACAGCUACCACCAGCACUCCUGCCCUCACCACCCAGCCAGGACCUCAGUGUAACUGCAGCACAGAGGGCUCGGUGAACACAGACAGCUGUGACCAGCACACCGGUCAGUGUAUGUGUAAGAAGGGCUAUUCGGGACUCCACUGUGCGGACUGUGAGAGUGGCUACUUCACCACUGGCACAGGCAGCUGCCAGCCAUGUUUAUGUAACGUAUCAGGAGCUGAGGGGCCGCAGUGUAAUGGCUCGGGAGUGUGUCGCUGUAAAGAAGGAGUGCACGGAGACAAGUGCGACGACUGCCGCCCGGGCUUCUUCGAUUUCGGCAGCACAGGAUGUCAGCCGUGCCGAUGCAACAAUCACAGCGGUAACUGUGACGAGCACACAGGCAAAUGUUUGAACUGCCAGGGCAACACCAAUGGUACAAACUGUGAGUUUUGCAAGUUGACCUUCUACCGGGCACAAAGCUCCAGCCCAAGCAGCUCCUGCUCGCCGUGCCCCUGCUCCAGCAUCACCUCCACGGGCAGCUGCACACUCAAUUCAAAAGGGCAGCCGAAGUGUGAUCAGUGUCGACCUCAGUACAAGGGCCCCAACUGCCUCCAGUGCAGCGACGGUUUCUACAAUGCCGACAGCAUCUGUGUACCAUGUCAGUGCAAUGGGAACACCAAGCCAAGCAGCUCACCCCGUAUCUGCCAUCCGGAUACCGGCCGCUGCCUGAACUGCAGCUACAACACAACUGGGUUUCACUGCGAGCACUGCGCCCCGGGGUUCACCAGAGACGCACUGUCCCGAAACUGCAGGCCUAUUGUGCCUACUACACCAGUCCCCCCCUCCACCAUGACCCCCAGCACCAACAUCACCGAUGAGCACACCAUCACCUCCACGACACUCCUGUCCAGCCUGGCCAGCCCGACCGCCAACAGCACGUCCUCCACCCAUUCCGUCGCCUGGGCUCAGUUCAACGUGAUCAUACUGGCCGUCAUCAUAACACUGGUGCUGGUAUUGCUAGGUGCGGCGGGUGCCACCUACACCUACCGUCAGUACCAGAACCGCAAGAUCAACGCACCCUUCUGGACCAUCGAGCUGAAAGAAGACAACAUCAGCUUCAGCAGUUACCACGACAGCCUGGCCAACGUAGACGCCUCAGGGCUGCUGGACGACGAGGGCUGCGAGGCCGCGUCCAACGGACAGCUCACGCUCAGCAGCCCGGGUAGUAUAUACAGGGCAUGACAUGACACUUUAGAUGAGUUAUGGCUGCAUAAACAGAACUAUUUCACUUUGGAUGGUUAAUAGAAUCUUCCAGUUCGGUGGUGUAUUUGCAAUUGCAUUUUCAGCGCACUGUGAGGGCGACUUCAAUUAAAUAUGUUCAUAUGCACAAAAAUGGCCACCAGAUUUUAAAACAAAAGCAUCUUAGCAAAGCUUAACUGUGCCUAAUUAAAAACUGAAGCAAUGCCAUCUCGGAUUUGCACUUCCUCAGUGUCAGAAUCCAACUCUGAAACAAAAAAUCCUGCACAAUUGUUUUUGCAAUAUUUGCCAUUAACACAAAGUGGCAGUAAAUCAAAAAGGAUCAAUUGGCUCUUGUUCAUUUAGAAUUUUGACCGAGUUGGUAUGCAACCAUGACAAAGUGCAACUGCAAAGUAUUAUUCUUAAUAUUUUUAAUAUCACUUUUUGGUGAUUUUUAUAUAUUUUUGGCCAACGCUACUGUUACUAAGCACACACCCUUUUGUUUGUUCAGAUUUAAGUGGCACGCCUCGCUAAAACAAGCUCUGAUUGUAACAUGUCUACACCUUAGACCAGGGUGUGAAACCUAGUGUAGUACAGAAACACGUGUUUUCCUAUAGAUUUAC